AACGGUGAGUGUGCAAUUUCCAACCCUAAUUGAGAGGUCUAUCAUGUUUUUCGUUGUACUUGGUCUUCGUGUGGGCUCUUGAGAGGGUGUCCUGUUUUUUCUUUUUACUGGGAUUCUCUCUUUUAUUAAGAAAAAAAGAGAGGCAUCUUUCUUUUUGGCCCUUAUAUAUAUUCUAUCUAUAUCCCCUCUAGUCUAGUCUCGUGUUGCUCACAAUCACUACACUCGGGGAAGGAUUAUUGAGAGUUAGGGUUUAGAAGAAAGAAGAAAGUAUCCAUGGCUGAUCAGAACACUGUUGUUGCUGCUUCUGAUUUGCCUAUUAAGAGACCCAGAGAAGAAGAUGAAGUUGAGGCUACUACUAAAGCACCUGACGGUAUUUCUUCGGUGAUUCCUGGUUGGUUUUCUGAGAUAAGUCCAAUGUGGCCAGGAGAGGCUCACUCAUUAAAGGUAGAGAAGAUCUUGUUUCAGGGAAAGUCUGAGUACCAAAACAUAAUGAUAUUUCAGUCAGCUACCUACGGGAAAGUCCUUGUUUUAGAUGGUGUGAUUCAAGUAACAGAGAGGGAUGAAUGCGCCUACCAAGAAAUGAUUGCUCACCUUCCCCUUUGUUCCAUUCCAAACCCUAAAAAGGUAUUGGUUAUUGGAGGAGGAGAUGGUGGUGUUCUGCGGGAAGUAGCUCGCCAUUCUUCUGUUGAACAAAUAGACAUAUGUGAGAUCGAUGGGAUGGUCGUUGAGGUUUCUAAGCAAUUCUUCCCAGAUCUGGCAGUUGGAUAUGAGGAUCCUCGUGUAAACCUCCAUGUCGGAGAUGGAGUUGCAUUUUUGAAGGCUGUUCCUGAAGGUACCUAUGAUGCAGUCAUAGUGGAUUCUUCUGAUCCCAUAGGUCCUGCUCAAGAGCUUUUUGAGAAGCCCUUUUUUGAAUCAGUGGCAAAGGCUCUUCGACCUGGAGGAGUUGUAUGUACCCAGGCAGAAAGCAUAUGGCUUCAUAUGCACAUCAUCGAGGAUAUUGUCUCAAACUGCCGCCAGAUAUUUAAAGGCUCAGUUAACUAUGCAUGGACGACAGUACCCACCUAUCCUAGUGGGGUGAUCGGUUUCAUGCUAUGUUCCACUGGUGGGCCAGCUGUUGAUUUUAGGAAUCCAGUGAACCCAAUUGAGGAUAAAGAUAAUGAAAAGGCACCAUUGAAGUUUUAUAACAAAGAGAUACAUUCAGCCGCAUUCUGUUUGCCUUCUUUCGCAAAGAAGGUGAUUGAUUCAAAAUCCAAGUGAGGGAGCAAAUAAAUUCGACGGCAUAUGAGUUAAUUCUUCUGAUUUUCAAAUUUCUUUAUGCAAUUGUUUUGGUUUAUUUGUAGGAUCUCUAUCACUCAGAUUAUAGUAUUUUAGUUAAACAUGGUGAGGUGAUCCUCUGUUCGAACUUACAGAUGUCAGGUUAAUUCGACACCUAUUAUGGAACCAUUAAUUUUGCAUUUUUUUACCUCUGA